AUGAGGCUCCCCAUCGUAUGCGGGAACCGCCAGACGGUCGCUGCGACUGUCUUGGCCGGGGCUUUACUGACGAAUUCUGCCUAUGCUGUGCCCUUGGUCGCACGAAUCGGAAGCGAUCCCUUCGCCGUGCUCGAUCCGCAGAACUAUGUGCUACCAGACAACAUGACCUGGGCCGACUUCGUCGCUCCCCCGGGGACCAACUGGUCUGACCCUACUCAAAAGGGUUCGGAGCGAAACUUCAACAUCGCGCUCGUCGCCGUCGACUACACCGACCGGCCCUUCGUCAUCACCCAGGAGGCGGGAUCGACCCCCUUCAAGAACCCGCAGCCGGUCGUGUCGGGACUCAGUCGCAACGAGGUGCCGGCUUUCUACCGCGACUUCCUGAACCAGCCGAGCGAGCUCAAUCGCAACCACACGCUCCAUGAGUACUGGAUGGAAGACUCCGGCGGCCGCUUUGGCGUCGACCUCACGGCCUUUGGGGCGUACCAGCUGCCGAGUCUGUCGUAUCAGUACGGCGUGGAUGAUGAAAGUGGCGGCUUUAACCCGGGUGCUUGCCCGGCAGAAGGACCGUGUUCAGUUGAUCUUCGCACCGAUGCGUACGCAGCAUGGCGUGCCGACGUCGGCAAUGAGACAGCCGACUCUUUCGAACUGGUAUUUAUCCUGUCCGCUGGCCAAGACGAGUCUUCGACAUGGCAAGAGUUCGGCGAGAUCAUGUUCCAGACCCCUGAUGAUGUGCCCGAGGAGUUUGGACCACCAGAUGAGUCCAUACCCAACUAUGCAGCCACCAGAUACGUCAACUGGACGUCGUGGGCCUCAGCAUCCGUCAUCUGGCCUAAUGCCGGUGGUGGUUCGUCUACACAAGCCGAGAGCUCGGGAAUGGCAACGUACGCCCACGAGCUGACUCACCUGCUGGGAAUUGGCGACAACUACAACAACCCCUACAGUGAUCCUCCCCGUCGAUCGUACACCGGGCCAUGGUCGAUGCUUUCGCGCGGCAGCUUCAACGGCCCCGGCGGUCCACACACACGCUGGCAGAUCCCCGCCCAGCAAGGCGGUUCCCUGGGAUCGCUCCACACAAUGGGAGACAAGAUGCGCAUCGGCCUAGUAGCCAACACGAGCGUCCUGAUGGUGUCACGCGCCGCGCUGCCAGUAUCCGGUCUAGUAGUAGCCGAGAUCACAGCGCGGGCCAUCGACCCCAGCGAAACGGAGCUGAUGGGACUGCACGUGCAAAUGGGCGACGAUCUCUCGCCAGUCUGCGACGUGGACGCCGACCCGCUCUGCGACGGCGGCGCCUACAACAACUACGACGUCGAGGUCAUCGACCGCAUGGGCGCCGACUCGUUCACCCCGGACUCGGGCGUCAUGAUCAGCAAGACGAAGGACGUCGAUGACGCCCCCUUCCAGUGGACCAUCGACGCAAACCCCGCGGACAUCAACGUGGUCGACUUCUACCGACCCGACAGCACCGCGUCUAUGCUCACCAUUGGCGAUUACCGCCAGUUGUCCGACGCGCUGUUCCACGCCGGCACGCGCUCCGGCAGCGAGUUCGAGUACGAGGACGAGGCGAACCGGCUGCACUUCUACGUCGUCGACAUCCGCCGCGACGAGGUGGGCGUCCUGCACUACACAGUCGGCGUGCGCUCGCUCGACGGCAGCGGAUCCAGCACCUACGGCGUGGAGCUGGGGGAAGGCAGUGUUGCGGCCAGCUUCGGGGCAAAGGCCACAGAUGCGGGACUGACGUGCGCCUUCGAACUGACCAACUCGGGCACCUACGUCGACGGCGGCGCGGAGCACCCGCAGGAUCUGUCAGCGUACUUGACGUCGGAUAUCUACCGCCUGAGCGCGGCAGUGGAGGGCGAGGGGUGGCGCGUCGAGCUUCCAAACGCGCUUGCUGUGGCUCAGUUUGGUGAGUCGACGAUUGCUAAAGUCGCGGUUGGAGCGGCCGUCAAUGCUACUGCGAGCGCGGUUAUCAAGCUGACGGCUGUGUCCGAGUCUGACCCGUCUGUUGCUGUUACAUCGAACUGCCGGGUGACGAAGAGCUAG